AUGGCGUUCCUCGCCUGCGUGCUGCUACUCGCCGCGCUCCUCUCCCCCGCCACCGUGAUCACCGGCGCCGCCACCACCACGGCUCUGGAUGGCGCUCAUAGCAGCAGCGUGGUGACUAAGCGCCUGUCGCGGCGUGCCUUGCCAGAUGCCACAUUCGUCGCAGAAUUUCGUCGUCCGUCCGUUGCUCGUCGCCUGAGCGCCGAAGUGGCGCAGCCAGCCGCAGCGAGCCCGCCAGGCGAUGUGAAGCUCGCACCCUCGCAAUUGGCGGCGCUGGUGGCGCUGACGGGGUGGGAGGCGGCGGAGAUGUGCUCCCAGUGGAUGGGCGUCACAUGUGACGGCCGAGGCAUGGUCACCGAUAUGAACCUGGGCGGCCAGGGCCUCUCGGGCCCCAUCCCCAUGGACGCAUUCUGCAACCUCACCGCUCUCCAGGAACUCGAACUCUCCUUCAGCCCUUUGACCGGCAGCCUGGAGUUUCUUGACUGCCUGCCCGCCUUGCAAUACCUCGAUCUGCACGCCACUGAGCUGACUGGGGAGAUCCCCGUCUCCCUCGGCAAAGCCACCGCCCUCUCAUACCUGAACCUGGGCGGCCUGGACCUCUCGGGCCCCAUCCCCACGGACGCAUUAUGCAACCUCACCGCUCUCCAGGAACUCGAUCUCUCCUUCAGCUCUUUGACCGGCAGCCUGGAGUUUCUUGACUGCCUGCCCGCCUUGCAAUCCCUCGAUCUGCUCGGCACUGCGCUGACUGGGGAGAUCCCCGCCUCCCUCGGUAAAGCCACCGCCCUUACAUACCUCUCCCUCGGACACAUCGACCUCACAGCAGCAGAGCUCCCUGCCUCUCUCUCCGCCCUCACCAAUCUCGCCCACCUUGACCUGAGCUAUCUCAGUUUCACCCGCGUGCCAUCGUGGAUCGGACAACUCCUGCACCUGGAAUUCCUGGAUGUGACAGCACCCGACGGCCUCACCCCUGCGCGCUCCUCGCCCUUUCCAGCCGAGUGGACGGCUCUCACCAGCCUCAACACCCUGAGGGCAGCGGGCAACGGCUUCUCAGGCUCCCUACCCGCCACCAUCUCCGCCCUCACUUUCCUCUCAGAGCUGGAUCUCUCCCAUAACGCCCUGGUUGGCUCGCUGCCUGUGUUGCCCUCGUCUCUGUUUUUCCUCUCGCUGAGCCACAACGCUACACUCGAGUGA